AUGGACGAAAAUUCCCGCAGUCGUUCUGAUCUCAGUAGGACGGCAGAAUACCCGCACCCCGCAACCCAGAUCGUCUCCCGGAGACCAUCAUGGUGGUCUCGAGCGAUGCUGGACAAUUGGGCCUGGGAAAUCGGAGCGGCGGUACUGUGUCUCGGCAUCCUGGUGGCCAUCGCGGGGAUCCUCUUCGCCUACGACCAUCACGAAGUCCCCGAUCUGCCAGAUGGUUUGACAAUCAACGCCAUCAUCUCCUUUCUGGCCACUCUGGCCCAUGCCACCUUGAUGGUCAUAUUGGCCGCCGCCCUCCGCCAGGAGAAGUGGCUUUGGUUCAUCGACCAGCCCCGACCACUCAAUACCGUCGACACUUUUGAAGAAGCCAGUCGAGGUCCCUACGGUUCCCUCUUGCUCCUCGCCAGUUUCCGCGGAAGUCUCCGAGCCCUCCUCGCCGCAUUCGUGACAAUUCUCGCACUGGGUUUCGAACCCCUCAUCCAACAACUCGUCCUGGUCCAAGUGCGAGAAGUCCCCAUCAACUCCACCCCGGCCUCUAUCCGGACACCCACCUCAUACGAAGAAUCUGUCAUCGGCAACCUCGGAGGCUCCAGCCUGUCCUUGAACGCUCUGAUCGGGGCCUUUGGGGGCGCCGCCGGGGCCAUCCCGGACCCGAUCUGUCCCAGCGGGAAUUGCACGUGGCCGGCGUACAACACGCUGGCCCUCUGCACGGUAUGCCAGGACGUGACCGACCAGGUCCUCACGAGCGGAGAACCCUUCAACAUCAAUCUGACCUCUCACCUCGAGACAUUCGCCCAGAGCAACGACUCCUCGUCCUCCACCACCUGGUCGCCCACCUACGCCCUUCCCCACGGCAACAACCUGACCGUCGACGUGACGCUGGAUCUCGACCUCGCCAGCAGCGUGCAAUGGUUCAUCUCCUACCCCCGCCGGUCCGUGUGGCCGCUGAACAUCGACCGGACCGCCGACAGUGACUGGGCAUCGACCUGGGACAACGAGACGUACGCGGGGAUCCCCUCGCCCCUCUUUGCCAUGGGAUACAUCGACACCAUCAUAUCAGCAGAUUAUUCCGCCCUGACGCUCCAGAACGCGACCGAAUGCAGCUUCACGCCCUGCGUGCGGACCAUGGACACCGAAGUCCGCUCGGGGGUCACCAGGGCCAACAUCACCGCCACGAACUACGGCCACGUGAUCAUCUACGAGACACAGCCCGACGGCCAAGUCUGGUCGGGCUGGAAUGCCCUCGUCAACGGGACGACGUACUCGAUGUACGACCACGGCACCUUCGACGUACAGGGACACGCGUAUCUGCUCAUUCAAGCCCUCCGCAUUGCUUUGGAGGGAAACACCACGUACAGCAUCGGCGGAUACUGGUACCCGGACCCCGAGCAGGAAGCUGAACAGGGCUUCACCUUCAACUCGACAACGUUUUCGCAGACGGACGGGCCCUGGAGCUCGGCGGGCCAGCAAGCGAUCGACGGCAGCGGGAACUUCAGCGACGUGGUGGACGGGGUAGGACGCGCCUUGACGGGUCGGUUCCAACAACUCGAAGACACCGUGGCGGUCGGCACGAGUCUACGCAGCGAAGCCGUCAUCGUCGUCCGCUGGGCUUGGAUCGCGUACCCUUUGGCCCUCGUCGUCUUAGGUCUCGGCGGUCUUUUACUCACCAUCCUCGCCACCCAUACCAAGCAUAUGGCCGUGUGGAAGGAAUCGACGCUUCCGAUUCUAUAUCGAUUUGGGGGGCCCAGUCAUGAAAUGCCCGACCCUGGGUUCGGAACGGCGUCUGCACACAUGCCCGCACAAGCACCAGGACAGGAACGAGGACAUGGACAAGAAAAUUGGCCACUCGGACCCGGCCCCGACGGGCAUCAUCCACCACCCCUGACCCCUUCAUUUCCCAUCAAAUUUUCCAAUACCAUUCCCGUGAAGGAUUCAAACCGCGUCAGUUCGAUCGUGACGCAAGCUGCGGAUGAACAAGUGCAAUUACGUCGCCGAGGCACGGUUUGGGUUCUUGAUUCCGCCCCUAGGGAAGCCGAGCACGAGGCUGUCAAGCAUGAAACGGACAGAGACAGAGACAAGGAAAAAUUCCGAUCCAAAGCCAAACCAAAGACGAAAUCGUGGUUCAGAGGCAGGCUCAGGAGCGAAGAUGCAAAUGCGACGCAAACUCAAACAGUCGUGCCCGUCCCGGUGCAUCGUCCCGGGCAGGAGGGAACGUGGAUAUGA